AUGACACAUCAACAAUUGAAAAUAUAUAAAAAAUUUAAUGAAAAUCUCUCUAAAGUCCCUUCUGAAGUUAUAAAACUUGGUAGCUCAAUAACUACAUUAGACUUAAGUUUUAAUGUUUUUACUGAAAUUCCUUCGUUAGAUAAGUUUAAGUCAUUAGCUAACUUAGUAAUGAGUUCAAAUAAAAUAUCUGUAAUACCUCCUCAUCUCUUUAAAAUUACGUCAUUAAAGAAACUUAUUCUUUCACAAAAUAAUCUUUAUGAACUUCCUUUAAAUAUUUCUAUAUUAUCUAAUCUUACUUGCUUAAAUUUAUCACAGAACAAGUUAUCAAAAAUUCCUCCAUCUAUUUCUUCACUUAUUAAUUUGAAAAUAUUUUCAUUAUCAACAAAUAAUCUUUCAACUCUUCCAAAAAGUCUUUCUCGUUUAACUUCUUUAACUAGUUUUGAAAUAGAUCACAAUAAUCUUACUGAUUUACCAGGAUGUGUUUGCGAAAUGAGUUCAUUAGUGACACUAAAUGUUAGUGGUAAUGAUAUACAAAAAUUCCCUAUGGCUAUAACUAAAUUACAAGGAUUAAAAACGUUAACUGCUCAAUACAUUAGAUUAAAAGAACUUCCUAGCUUUUUUUCUAAAUUCCCUUCAUUAAUCAAUUUAGAUUUGGACUGUAAUCCUUUAACCUCAAUGCAACUUAACUCAAGUAGCUCAAUCAAAAAUCUUACUUUAGGAGAAAUAGUACUUAAAUCUCUUUCUUUACAAAACUAUUCUAAACUUUUCAGAUUAAACAUUCUUUCUGGUAAUAUCUCUGAACUAAAUGAACUUCCUCGAAUGAGCAUUAUGACUAUUGAAAAUAUUCACUUAAAUUCAAUUCAUUACUUCCCUGAAGUUAAUGAAGUUUCUCUCGCAAAUAAUAAUUUGAUAAAUAUCCCACAACUCAACACUUCAUUACAUACUUUAAAUAUUAGAAAUAAUAAAAUUGCUUCUCUUCCUUCAUUAUUCCCUUUUCAAUUAACUCGUAUUGAUAUAUCUCAAAAUUUAAUUUCUUCGGUCCCCUUAUUAAACACUGUUAUUCGUACUUUAUUACUGACUUCAAACAAAAUUGUUGAAUGGCCUAAAUCAAUGAAAGAAUUAACGUGUCUUCGACAUUUAGAUUUAUCAAACAAUAAAAUUCAAUUUAUUCCUAAUGACUAUAUCUCAACCUUAGUUAACUUGGAACGUUUAAUUCUUCACUUUAAUUAUUUAUGCUUUUUACCUCCAGCAAUUGGCUCAUUAAGCAAACUUAAAUUACUUGGAUUAAGUCAUAAUAGAUUAACUCAAUUUCCUGUUUGUCUUGGGACUCAGUUAACUUCAUUAAUGAUUUCAUCUAACUCAAUAUCUGUAAUACCAGAUUAUAUACGUUCUUUAAGUUUGGUUGAAAUAGAUAUCAGUUAUAACCAAUUAAUAACACUUAGUCCAUUAUUAUUGAACACAACCCUUAAAGAUAUUAAUAUCAGUUACAAUCCUCUUCAAACUCUUCCUUCAAAAAUAAAUCAAAUAAAAUCUCAUCGUAUUAAUAUUUCAGGAUAUCCAGUAAGUAACAUAGAGUUAUUGAAAGAAAAACAAGGGGGUCCAAUUAUUGUUUUAACAGUUCAACGUGAGAAUGGGAUAAUGACUUUACCAAUUCAAAGUUAUGAUGAAAUACCAGAACCUAGUGAUUUGGUAUGUAAUCAAAUUAGUCCUUGUCAAAACCAAAUUGAAUUUGGAUUAGCUGAAUGUAAGGGAUGUCGUGAUGAAAUGCAAGAUUUUAUGUGUUUCUCUGAAAAUUUUGUUCAAAAAGGUAAUUAUUUUACUGCUAUUUGUGAUGGUCACAGUGGUGUUGUUACUGCACAAACAUGUGCUUCUCAAAUUAUGAUGACUUUAGAGAAUAUUUUAAAAUCAAAUGAACAAUAUAGUAUUAAAGAUUCAUUAAUCCAAGCAUUCACUUGUAUUAACUCCAGCAUAAUAGAAAAGGGGUACAAAGAUGGAACUACUUGUUUGUGUCUUGUUAUUACAGAAAAUAUCUUUUAUAUUGCCAACAUUGGUGAUUGUCGUUGUUUAUUAAUUGGAGAUGAUUAUUUUUUGCCUUUAACUGUGAGCCACAGACCGUCUAACAAAACUGAAUACAAAAGAAUAAGGGAAAAUGGUGGGUUUGUUAUUGGUAACAGAACAAAUGGUGGCUUGGCAGUCUCAAGGUCUUUAGGAGAUUCAGUUAAUCAACCAAUUAUUUCACCCAUUCCUGAUGUCGUUGUUCGUCAAAAGAGUCCUACCGAUAGAUAUUUAGUACUUGCUUGUGAUGGUGUUUGGGAUGUUAUGAGUGAUGAAAAAGUUUAUUCAAUUAUUAAACAAUACUCAAGAUACCACCCAACCAAGACAGCAAACGUUAUCAAAGACCUUUCACUUUGUUUUGGAAGUACCGAUAAUAUUUCUUGUAUCGUAUGCAAACUUAAUUAG